CCCCCCAAAACCCACCGCCGGCAGCAGCGCCCGGCACCCGCCUGGUUUUGUGGUCGUGGAGGGGGAGGAAAAAUCCCAAACCAGCUGCGUAAAUGAGUAUGGAAGAUUAUGAUUUCCUCUUCAAAAUUGUUUUAAUCGGCAACGCCGGUGUGGGGAAGACCUGCUUGGUCCGACGCUUCACGCAGGGGCUUUUUCCACCAGGCCAAGGCGCCACGAUUGGAGUUGACUUUAUGAUUAAAACUGUGGAGAUAAACGGUGAAAAAGUAAAGCUGCAAAUCUGGGACACGGCAGGCCAGGAGCGGUUCCGGUCCAUAACGCAGAGUUACUACCGCAGUGCCAACGCCUUGAUACUGACCUACGACAUCACCUGCGAAGAGUCCUUCCGAUGCCUCCCCGAGUGGCUGCGAGAAAUCGAGCAGUACGCCAGCAAUAAGGUCAUCACCGUGCUAGUGGGUAAUAAGAUUGAUUUAGCCGAUAAGAGGGAAGUCUCCCAGCAAAGAGCCGCAGAGUUCUCCGAAGCACAGGACAUGUACUAUCUGGAAACCUCAGCGAAAGAAUCGGAUAAUGUGGAAAAACUCUUCCUGGACUUAGCCUGCCGGCUGAUCAGCGAGGCACGGCAGAACACCCUUGUGAACAAUGUCUCAUCCCCCUUACCAGGAGAGGGGAAAAGUAUCAGCUAUUUGACUUGCUGUAAUUUUAAUUAAAGAGCUGGCAUGUGAUUCUCCAUCCGCCAUGGGCCCACAGGAUUUUUUGCUGGGAUUUAUCUCCUCGGAGGGAAUUCCUGCCACUUUGACCCAUCUGACGUCCCCUGAGUCAGGUUGCAGACCUAGAAGCAUGGCAGGCUGAUAGCUCCAGCUGCAUGGCAAUGUAGCAGAAUAUAAUGUGGUUUAAAUUUAAUUUUUCUUGCAGUUUCUGGAGUGGGAGAGGAAAUAGUAGAAUUGGACAAGUGGAUCGUGUAAUGCAGAACAUGAGCAUUUCCUUCUGCACGUGAUGAGAUCAGCCUCUCUUGGAGAAGACACUGAAGAGUUCAAGAUCUCUCUUACAGAACAAUGUGUUUGGUCCUUUGUAAAAGAAAAAAAAAAAAAACAACACAACAACGAGCACUGAACCUGGACUACACUGGCAAUCAUCUAGACUGCCAGCCAAGUGAAUUCUUAGGAUGCGUACAUACAUAGUGUCUGCCCACAUGUCUUCGUGGAGGACUGGUGUUUAAAAUAGUGUUACAUCUCUCAUCUAUAGGCACUUUCAUGAACAUGGAAUUAAAAAAAAAAAAAAAGAAAAAAAAAGAGAAGUUAUAUCUCAACAUUUUCAGACAAAGAUUUGAGAAGACAUGGCUACAGCUCUGUUGCUUCCUUUGGUGCUAGCAGUUCAGCAAAUAUUCCGUAGACCAAGCAUAGUCUUACUAUAUUGCUGUCCUCUGAAUGUGUAACUUUGAUUAGGAAAAGAACACUAAUAAGCACUGUUCAUUAAAAUCCCAUUACCUCUUUUUCUAGGCUUGAACAUAGUGAGAAAGGACUGUGUUUCUUUGAUAUCCAACACAGGAUGAAAGGAAUUCCCAGAAAUAAAAUAAAUAAAUAAGAAAAUGAACUGUCCCUCCUCUAAUUGGUAUUGUCCUGAAAUGAAAAAUUAGCCUUGGGAAAUGAUAUUGGUGGAAUUGAAAAAAUGCACCAGGCACGACCAAAAUCUUUUGUGUGCACUGAUUGUACAUAAGGGUUCAAAGAGAGCACAGUUUUAAGUGGCAGCCUGCAAUAUGUCUGGGAUAAAAAUAAAGCUUGUAGAUACAGUUCCUGAUGAAAGGCAGGCAUACAAUUUCGUAGAGGUUUUUCUUUUUCUUUUUUUUUUUUUCUUUUUUUUUCUAGUGUGAAGUGGAAAUAGCAGCAGGUUGCAGGUGGCAUCAUUUUGUGUCUGACCCAUCCAGCAAUCACCUUAUGGAACUGUUCUCUGAGGAGCCCUUGAAAGUAUCUUCUUGGCCUCUUUCCUCUCUGCUCAAGUAGCUUUCACAUUCAGGGCUGUAGUGUCAUGUAGUUUACUUGAUGCUUUGUACUCUUAAUCUCAGACUCCAGUGUAUGUGUAACUGUUAGGCAAUUUCUUUCUACAAAACCCCUGAAGUGGAAGCAUUAUGGAAUUUAUUAUUACACCUCUAGUGCCAUAUGCGAAUAAAGCAUUGUAAAUUUACACACUGACAUUAAAGCAAAAUUGAAAGACAGUGAAUGCACUCAUGGAAAAUGACUUUUAGAAGUUUGAGUUCAGUUUAGCUGAUCUGGAUAAAUCUCUCCUGGCAGUUACGUGGCUGUGAUAUGAUGUAAUUUAAAGUUAAUCACCUUAAUAUCAUUUGGCAUUUACUGAAGAUUAUAACAGAACUUUUGUAUUGACAUAAAAGUUGCCAGUAAGUUCAUCCUGAAAACAAUAAUAAUAAUAAAAAAGUAGCAUUUUAAAAUGCUUUUUCACAUUUUCCUGAAAAGACUUCCUUGGGCUGUAUCAUGGUGUGCCUUUGAUCUGUAAUGGUGAGCUGACUCUACGUGUCUUUGAGAGAGGAGGGACUGGUGUAUCAUAUGUCAAUUUUUUAUAUUUUCUUGAUAUUUUUAGGUCACUUCUUUUGUGACUAGUGCUAAAAAUGAAGAUGUAGAAAUCAUGGUACAAAUCUUGCUUGUCAUUUAGGUAACACUUUGCAGAGUGCUGCUGUAAGCGUUAGAUGUUGGGGAAAUGUAAAAGUCAUCUGACGCACUGGCCUGUCCUGGUCCUUUUUGGUCUCUGCUCAUGAUGUAACCUAGAGGAUUUAGAAAUAUGUGGGAUUCGGUGGCUUCUGCUGUUCUGGAUUGUGUGGUACAGCCUGUCCUGGAGAGUGUUGUCUUUCUUGAGCAUUCCCCAAAUUGCCAAAUGCAGCCUGAUGUGAGCUCGUGAAGACCACCCGACCCUGACACAGCUGGUUCUGCACAGCUUUGAGGUUGUUUAGCGCAAGACUCGGGGCAUUGCACAUAGGGUAACACUUGAGUGAAAAAUCAGUAUUACUGAUAUUUAACUUGUCAAAGCUCUUACUUUCCAGAUUGAGAUGAUCUCGGGUAGAACACUAAAUGUUCUGUGCUUCUGCUCACUAUUUGUGAGAUACUUUCAUGAGUAUUUUGUGUUAGAUGUUUGCAACACAAGUUGACUGGCACAAGCUGUGGCUCCCUUCUGUUCUUAUAUGAGUUCCCCAUCAGAGAGCAAGCGCUGGGAAAAAAA